CAAAUCACAUCUCCUAUUUCCUUCCUCUUCCACCUUCCCAGUUCGUCGGUCGCUCUCUCUCCCGUCUCACUCCGUCGUCGUCCUGUUCUCCGGUGCGAAGAGCAACGCUUUGCAUCGCCUAUUACUCUCCAACCUUCUCUCCCCUGAGGCGAGAGAUCGAUGGGAACUCUAGGGAGGGCGAUAUACACCGUUGGGUUCUGGAUCCGGGAGACCGGCCAGGCCAUCGACCGUCUUGGCUGCCGCCUCCAGGGAAACUACCUUUUCCAGGAACAACUGUCAAGACAUCGCACACUCAUGAACUUAUUUGACAAAGUACCUAGCGUUCACAAAGAUGCUUUUGUUGCUCCAAGUGCAUCUAUUAUUGGUGAUGUCCAAGUGGGCCAAGGAUCGUCAAUUUGGUACGGUUGUGUUUUGCAAGGUGAUGUGAAUAGCAUCCAUGUUGGUUCUGGCACUAACAUUCAAGAUAAUUCUCUGGUGCAUGUGGCGAAAUCUAAUCUGAGCGGGAAGGUCCUCCCAACAAUAAUUGGAGAUAAUGUCACAAUAGGUCAUAGUGCUGUCUUGCAUGGAUGCACUGUUGAGGAUGAAGCAUUUGUUGGAACUGGGGCUGUCCUGCUUGAUGGAGUUAUUGUUGAAAAGCAUGGGAUGGUAGCUGCUGGAUCCCUUGUAAGGCAGAAUACAAGGGUUCCAUGUGGAGAGGUAUGGGGAGGCAAUCCUGCAAAAUUUAUGAGGAAACUUACUGAAGAAGAGAUGACCUUCAUUGUGCAGUCUGCUGCCAACUAUGCCAAUUUGGCCCAGGUGCAUGCGGCUGAGAAUGCUAAAUCUCUUGACGAGAUUGAGUUUGAGAAAGUACUGCACAAGAAGUUCGCUCGCAGAGAUGAGGAGUAUGAUUCCCUCCAGAGCUAAUUCUCCCAGACAACAUCUUACCGGACAAAGCAUGAACUGCUGCUUCUCAGUAAAUUUGUGCCAGGCCAGCUCACUUCAUGGGAUAGAUUUGUCUUGAGCGUUUGGUGGUCUGCUUUUUCUUUCAUUCGUUACGAUAAUAAUUUUGAGUGAGGCUCAUUCUAGUCUCGGCCACACACUCUUGUAUUCUGUUCAGUUUUUGCAUGGUUUUACGAGGAUGUUACUUUGAGUCAUCUGACGAGAAACGUGAGUGAUUCCUGUAAAACAGUUAUAUUUAAUGCAGAGACCUGCAUGAAUAUGAUAUAUUCGUGUGUGGACAGGAUUGCUAGUGAUGCA